CCAUACAAACACACCACGCGUAGAUCUGUCGGAACAGGAUUAGACUACUAGUAGUAGCAGAGACCCCGCCCGCCCUCGAAGAAAAUCCCCAAUCGAUCCCAAUUCCCCACCAAGCAAACCCUAAGCAACUAACCCCCGGCGAUCGAAGAUGCCGGCGACGGCGGGGCGCGUCCGCAUGCCGGCGAACAACCGCGUGCACAGCAGCGCCGCGCUGCAGACGCACGGCAUCUGGCAGAGCGCCAUCGGUUACGACCCCUACGCCCCCGAGAACAACAACAAGCAGCAGGCCCCCUCCUCCUCCGUCUCCGCCAACGCCGCUGCAGCCGCAGCCAACGCCGCCGCCGAGGCUGCCGCGCCUUCCGCCGCCUCGGACCCCGCCUCUGACAACGCCUACACCAGCUUCCAGGGCCUCCUCGCGCUCGCGCGCGUCACCGGCUCCAACUCCGACGAGACCCGCGGCGCCUGCAAGAAGUGUGGCCGCGUCGGCCACCUCACCUUCCAGUGCCGCAACUUCCUCUCCGUCAAGGACCUCGAGAUGGACGACGACGUACACGCCAGCGUGCAGGCCGCAGCGCUCGCCAAGUUCCACGAGAUUAAGAAGAAAGCCUCUGGUGGCCAGGGCGCCCAAGAGGAGGGUUCGGAUGAAGAAGAUGAGGAUGAAGAUGAUAGCGAUUCUUCUGAUUCGGAUAUUGAUCCCGAGCUGGAGAAGAUAAUCGCUGAGCGGGAGCGUGCCAAAAGCGGUGGGGGGAGGCGGUCCAAGGAGGAAGACAAGAAGACAAGCCGCCAUAGGAACAGCAGCAGGGGAAGAUCGAAGCACAGGAGGAGUAAGAAGAGCGAAAGUGAGGAUGAGUGCAAGGAGAAGAGGAGCAAGGACAAUAAGAAAAGUAGGCGAAAGAAGGAUGAAAGGUCAGAUCAGGAUAGCGAGAGCGACUCCGACAGGAAGAGGCACAGAAAGAGUAGGAAGGACAGGAAGAAGCGGAGGACCCGUAGCAGGAAAGAUGACUCUCCCGACAAGGAUGAGUCGGGAGGGGAAGAUGGGAAGAGGCGGAGGACCCAUAAGAGGCGUCAUCACCGUAGGAAUGCAUCCGACAGUGAUAGUGCUGACAGUGAGUCCCCACAUGACAGGAAGCGAUCCAGCAAGCAGAAGAGGCACCAGAGGUCCGAAAGCUGUGGAUUCAACGAGGAUGAGGGACAUGGUCAACAGGGGGCAAAGCGUUCCGGUGAGAAGAGCAGGGAGCAUAAGGGAGGGGCUAAAGAGGUGUGCUGAAGCGAUGAACUUUGCUGGAAGUCUCCCUGGCUUGUUCAUCCUGGAAGUACGAAUUCCAUCAAGAUCUUUGACAAAAAUUUAGGUAAUCCUUGGUGAAAGGAGAGGUUGUUGUGCUGUUGCCAAGUGUGACCUUCGUUCUUGUGUUAAGGAUGCAUUUCCCAGAGUGGGAGUGUGUUGAAUACUUGAAUGGAUCAUCUAUCCCAUCCUUUUAGCCUACCCAUGCCGGACAGAGGACCAAAGUUAGUCUGCAAGUUGAUCUUUUACCAUCCGGAUAGCAAUCCUAGGAUAUAUUUGCCGAUCUUGGAAGUUUGUUCGCCUCUAGCAGCCAGGAAAGAUUUCAAGAAGCUAUGGACAUUAAGCAAUGCCGUUUCAUUCCCAAACUAGCGGUAAGGCUAGAAGAGUGAAGGUAUAUUGAAGACAUGUUCAGGACUUUGUGUUGUAUCGUUUGGUACCAUUGGGAAAAAUGUAUCCCAUUUGUCGAAUUCUUCUACUUAUAACAGUUUUCAAUCCAUCCUCUCAUGUCAGCUUUUGUAACUUGAUCUUGGAAGAUUGUUGUAUUGAUCUAAAACUAGAGAAAGGUGAUUCUUUGGAACAAUCUGAUCUAGAAGGUUCGAGAUCUUUCAA